AUGAUUUUGACUCACUUGUGUCAUUCGAUCGUCUUUCCCCAGAAAUUUGAAUUCGUUUGAGUUACAAAGUAGAGACAUUAAUCCAAGUCUUCUGGGUUACAAAUUUGCCAUACAGUAUAAAGUAACAAGUCAUAUACAGGAUGCAGCUAUCAGAUAUGUAUUUGCCUUUAUUUUUUAUUUUAUGUAUUAAUUUGUACAGAUUUUAAUGCAUAACUGAUUUUCAUUCAGCAUUUAUAAAUGUGUAGGAAGAUAGACCUUCCAGUGAGCUACUAAUUUACUGUGAAUACUGCACAGUAUAUGAGGAAAAACAGGUGUUAGCCUCAAUCUUCUAGAUUUACUCUUGCUCGGCUUGCAUGAAAAGAGUCGUUUGAAAAGAGUCGACUCCCUGCCGAGUCGCCCGUCAGUACCCCGGCAAGAAGACGCGUCGCUGUGCUGCAGCACGCAGAUCCGACAUCUGCCUCUGCGCCUCGGGCAGUGGACACACCGGGACACGCCGCUGGAAACCAUCACCAGCAUGGAGCUGAUUGAUGAGUGGUUAUGGAGGCAGGAGUACUGGCUUCCCCCAGGAAUCACUUGGAGGGAUUUGGAGAAGAUGGAAGGUUCUCCUUUCCCCAGGGACCUGCUCAUCUCGCUGCCCUUGGCACUGAGUUUCAUAGGCCUGCGAAAGAUUUUCGAAAGGAGCUUUGCUGUACCUCUGAGCAGACUGCUAGGGGUGAAGGACAGAGUGCGCUUUUCAGCCUCAGCUGCCCCAAGCCUGGAGGCCUUUUACACCAAACACAGCAGACAACCUGCACCAAAUGAGCUCAGCAGUCUGGUGAAGCAGAGUGGCCUAACCCAGAAACAAGUAGAAAUCUGGUUCCAUCACCGGCGAAAUCAGGACAGACCCAGCAACACCAAGAAGUUCUGCGAGGCAAGCUGGAGGUUUGUCUUCUACUUAAUAUCUUUCACCGGUGGUCUCGCAUCGCUAAUCAGCACACCUUGGUUUUGGGAGCAGAAGGAGUGCUGGAGGGGAUAUCCCCAACAAGAUUUUAAAGAACAGAUUGUUCACCACAUUGCAACCAUUUUCCUGCUUGGGUUCUCCUACUGCGCCAACUACAUCCGCAUUGGCACUCUGGUCAUGCUCGUCCAUGACUCCUCGGAUUUCCUGUUAGAGUCAGCAAAAAUGUUCAAUUAUGCAGGCUGGAAAAAAACGUGCGACUUGCUUUUUGUGGUUUUUGCUGUAGUGUUCCUGGUCACACGCCUGGUCGUGUUUCCAAGCAAGAUUAUAUACACUACUCUGAUCUCUUCGAUGGAGGUCUUCCAGCCGUUUGUGGGGUAUUAUUUCUUCAACUCUCUGUUGCUUGUGCUGCAGUUCCUGCACAUCUUCUGGGCUUGGCUUAUACUGCGCAUGAUCUACAAGUUCCUCUUUCUGGGAAAGUUGGAUAAGGAUGAACGCAGUGAUGAUGAAAGUGAGGCAGAAGAGGAGGAAGAUGUAGAUGAAGAAGAGGAUCAUGCCUCAUGGAGGAAGAGGAAAGUGGUCCUGGAUUCUAAACUGGCCAUGAUGACGUCAAGCUGCGUUUUAAACAACUUGGCAAAUCAGAGAGUUAAUGCAAGCAGCAGAACUCCCAAAGCGAGAUAGCACGACUUAGCUGGAGAGUGAGAGCACUGAGGUUACCCUUACAGUAAUGUUCACUAUUCAUUAAAAACAAAAAGACAUGGGUCAUUCACAGGAUGUUACAGUUUGGAUCUUGUAGCCAUGAAACAUUGCUAUUGAUUGCCAGGUUCUGAUUAUCCUAGAAUGUCUGUGCAGUUCAUUACACUUCAGACUCUAAUGCUAGGCUCGUACUGUAAAACCGAUGGACUGGUCGUUUACGCUGCUGGAGCUUCAGUGCACUCGAGGUUUCAACGUUUUUCAAGAUUUCCUUUCCUAUUUUGAUACAGCUGCUAAACAGAAAUCAUUUUUUUUUAAAGCACUAAAAUGUCCAGUAGAUCAAAUUUUUUUUACCAGAAUUGUAAACACUGUGCAGGCUGUUAAACACAAAAUAUGCACGAAUCCAGUGAUUUGUCUUUCUGAAAAAUAUAUUAAUCUAAAGGCAAAAAAUGCAGUAUGAGAGCUAACAUUGAAAAAUCUGUCUUUUCUUUGUACAUAAUGUCUUUUAUGUAUUUCAUUUGUUUUACUUAUUGUUGUUAUUAAAUGAGUUCAAGAAUUCCAGCUCACAUUUUUUACGAUGUGACUUCUUCGUUGGAACAGAAUCAAAAUCAUAUUACCCAUCAUGCAGUGUGUUGUUGGUCUUGUAUGUAUGGCGAUGACAGUGUGGAUGGGAAAACAGAUGUGCAGCAUGUCACAUUGUUCUUUAUUUUCCCCUUAUCACCAGAGAUGUUUGCAAUGGAAAACUCACUUCAUUAAAUAUGCCUAUUUUAUUUAUAUAUUUUAAAGUUUCUUUUCAUAUGCUAAACCACCCUGUGAAUUUGUGUGGUAACAUUAAAUAUAAUGUUAUAAACUUCAA